AUGUCAAAUGAAGAUGAUGAUAAUGAAGAUGAAGAUUUUGCCAUUCGACAUGCAUAUGAAAAAUAUGGUGUUAAUGGUUAUUAUAGUCAAUAUGGUUCAGACUAUCGAAAUCCACAUGAAGCACGUUUAAUAACAAUUGUUCGUCAACUUGUAGAAAAAUGGAAUUUAAAACCAACAGAACAUAUUCUUGAUUUAGCUUGUGGUAGUGGAGAAAUAACAUUAAUUCUUCGUCAAAUAGGUUUUCAAUAUAUAAAUGGUAUCGAUCCAUAUACAAGUGAAGCAUAUGAAAAACGUACAGGCAAUGUAAUUCAUGCUAAAUGGACAUUUGAACAAAUAGCUGAUGGUUGUCUAGAAAGUGAAGGAGAAACUUAUGAUGUUAUUAUUUGUAGUUUUGCUGCACAUCUUAUACAACCAUCAUAUUUACCACUUGUUAUGAUACAAUUACGUUUUGUAGCCAAAAAACUUAUUAUAUUGACACCACAUAAACGACCUCAAAUAUCACCUGAAUGGGGUUGGAUUUUAAAAGAUGAAUUUGUACAUGAACGUAUUCGUGCUAGACUUUAUACAUCUGAUGAAUAA